AUGCGCGUCCGCACGCUCGAGAUACGAUGGCACGACAGCAAGCCAAUUAACUCGUGUGACUUCCAGCCCGCGCCCUCAAAGAAGGCGCGCCCGGCGAAUGAGAGGGACUUCGCGUCCCAGUCCUACAGACUUGCAACUGCGGGCGAGGACAACAAUGUCAGAAGCGCGUCCGCGUCGGGGUCGUCCGUCCAGCCUACGCCGCACCCGCCGCGCGUCGAGUACCUCUCCACUCUUUCAAAACACCAUGCCCCGGUUAACGUCGUACGGUUUAGUCCGAACGGAGAACUGAUUGCUUCUGCUGGUGACGAUGGCAUGGUGAUAGUAUGGUCGCCCUCGGCUUCGGCGCCAAACGCGGCGUACGGCUCCGAACCGGACGAGCACUCAUACGAGAAGGAGUUCUGGAAGGCACGUACUCCAUUUCGAUGCUCGACAAUGCAAGUAUAUGAUCUUGCAUGGAGUCCAACCGGGGAAUAUAUUAUCGCGGGAAGCACGGACAAUACGGCACGCAUCUUCAAUUCUGUGGAUGGAAAGUGCUUGCGUGAGAUUGCCGAGCACAGUCAUUUCGUGCAGGGAGUAGCCUGGGAUCCGCUCAACGAGUACAUUGCGACACAAAGCAGCGACCGCGCUGUACAUGUCUAUAAUUUUUCGACGAAGCACGGUACCUUUGACAUGCACGCUGUGGGACGAAAUAUGAAGAUGAAUGUGAGAGCUAGCAGAACGCCCAGCGUUGGGGUUGGUCGGAAGCGCCCACGUUCGCAUCGCAAAGAAUCGACUGCGAGUGACGCAGAGUCGGCGAUUGCGUCAGAUAGAGACGAAAUAUACCCACCACCGCCUCCUGUUAGUAUGCCAAUUCCAAUGACGCCUGCGCCUUCGAUUGCAAGCACACCAUCUGCUUCCGGUCCGGCCUUCAUGCCGCCACCGUCUGAACGGACAAUGUCGAGACGAUCGUCCUUCAGCUCGGUUGCACCGGGUUCGCCAGCCCCCUCGCAUUAUAGUGCUAGUCAUACGGGUCGUUCUCCGUCUCCUAUGCCUCCACUACCUGCCAUCCGCGCCCCUCCAAGUCCACAACUAAUUGCUCAAUCACGAUUAUAUGGCGAUGAGAGCUUCACAAACUUUUAUCGACGGCUUACAUUUAGCCCUGAUGGUGCGCUUUUGCUGACACCUUCCGGGCACUUUGAGGACCCGAGCAACAUCGCGUCUCUGAUGGCGGGCGAGUCUUCGUCGCGUGGGCGGCGUGGGAAUCCUGCGGAUAGCACACUCACCGACCCAACGUCCGCGUCGUCGGUAUUCAUUUAUUCCCGAGCUAACUUUGCUCGUCCACCGAUUGCACAACUUCCUGGACAUAAGAAAGCGAGCGUUGCAGUCAGGUUUUCUCCUGUGUUGUAUGAUUUGCGCCCUGGUGUAACGGGUGCACAAGCACCACCGGAACCGCGAACUGUGAACGUUGCGGUUGAACGUGGAAAUAGCGAACAGAUUGACAUAGACAUGGUUGGCCCGUUGCCUUUAUCCGCUUCCGCUGUAUCUACGAGUGAUCCACAGUCGCAGGGCGUGAAGCGCCCCGAUUCUCGUAGUCAAUCGCGUGUUGGGCCUUCACCGUCUCCGCAGACCCCGCAUCCUUCUCAGACGCUUCCUUCACCGGCUCUUUCUGCUGUAGAUGGACCGCCGCAAACUCCUGCGCAAAGGUCUGCAACACCGUCAACGGCUGGAACGAGUACUAGCGCUGGCGUGCAAGCACAGAACACGCAUCAGCAGACUGGUUCAGUUUUCGCAUUGCCCUACAGGAUGCUGUUUGCGGUCGCGACUAUGGAUACAAUUACGAUUCACGACACGCAGCAGGCGAGCCCCAUCGCGUUGCUGACAAAGUUACAUUAUGACGAGUUCACUGAUAUGACUUGGUCUCCAGAUGGGCAGUGUCUGAUGUUGACCUCUCGUGAUGGAUACUGCACAAUUGUGAUAUUCGACCAGAUCCUUCCAGCACACCAUACGCAACAACACGCACUACAACUGCAGUCGAUUGCGUUGGUACAUCAGCAUGGACACCACACCCACCAUGCUCAUUCACACUCUCAAGUAUCAGGCUCGACCUCCACAUCAACACAUGUGACACCUUUGCCAACACCUGCGAAGCGCACUGCACCGUUACCGCCUUUGGAUAAGCCCGUUUCUAGUGCUGGGACGAGCACGAGUGCGCCACCUGAAUCUGCGACCUCAGGAACGUCAGUAGUUUCUGCGUCCAGUGAGCUAGCAACAGCGCAAGUGUCUCCUGCAACUCCAGAAGUUCAGAAUACGGAGCCCGAUAAUGCUAAACCUGCGAGUUCGACUUCGGUAGAGCCACCGAAGAAGAAACGGAGGGUUGCAUUGACUCGCGUGGGAGACGUCGAUUCAUGAUCCAUGAAUAAUGGUACGAAAAAAAAAUUAAGUGAUUUUAUGCUUGGUACGCCAUAUCUAUUCUAUUUCUCCCCAAAUAUACGUACAUUGGAUACGUACAUUCUCCUGCCAUUACCACUGUUUAAGCGUAGGGCAAAGAUCUUGUUUGUUCCUGCCUAUGAGCUCUCUUGAGUUUCUAGUUCCUAGCACCUUCCUAUCUCGUCUCGUUACCUCAUUUUGACUUUAUUC